AUGAAUCAGGUGGCUGAAGCUACCAAACCAUAUCUUGUUAUAUAUGUUAGGGAUGGCAGUAUUGGUCAGGCUGUUUUUGAUCAAGCUCAAGCAUUUAAGGAAAGUGCUGAAGUUGGAGCUGUUGUUGUUACCAAAACGGAUGGUCAUGCAAAGGGAGGUGGUACUCUUAGUGCUGUUGCAGCAACAAAGAGUUCUGUUAUAUUUUUUGGAACAGGAGAGAAUAUGGAUGGGUUUGAAGUUUUCGAUGUUAAACCUUUUGUCAAUCAUCUGCUAGGAAUGAGUGACUUGUCUGGAUUUAUGAACAAGACUCAAGAAGUUGCUCCUAAACUUGAAAACCAGACAGAGCUUCUGCAAAAGCUUUCAGAAGGGACCUUCACGUCGAGGAUAAUGUAUGAGCAGUCUCAGAACUUGCCUUUGCCUCAGAUGGGUUUGCUUAGCCAGCUUACUUCAAUGCUUCCAGGUGCUAAGUUGAUGCCCAAAUGUAAUGAUAAGGAAAGCUAG